AUGCCCGCGCCAUCUGCUCUGACAACCCUCAUUGCCAAGACCAAUAGCAACGCCGACCCCGUCUCGGCACUCACAACGCAGGUGUUUCACAACCUACAACACCAGCAUCUCUGGACGUCUCUAGAAACACACCAUCCUCAAAACAACCAGACCGCUUUACUGCAGGAACAACAAAACCAGGAAGUUGCUGCAUCUGUCUCCGGCCUACCGGUACCCCUGAUCUCCGGCAUUCCCCCGCACCGCAUGUACACACACCCCGACGAACAACUAUACCUGCUCGAAAUAGGUCUCCGAGAAGGGGAUCUCCCAUCCGAGCGUCUGUGGGUUCUGCCCACCACCCAGGGCCAGUCAUGGUCACUACAAAAAUUGUCGGCUGUGUUUGACGCGCUACCCUCACCAUCUUUUUCAUCAUUAAGCGGCUCGGAGGCGACGAGGGACGACAACAAAGACAAAGACAGAGAGGCAAAACUUACACAAUAUUUCGAAAGAAGACGACGAGCUGACGAGCGGAAUGAAUGGGGCGGGAAACGGCUUAUAUUAGCUAUGGUUGAUAGACUGGUUGGCGGGGAUGGCACAGUAGUCUAUUACGUCGUUCACGAUGGACAUGUCAAGCCUCGUCAGAACUGA